CUCCCAAAUCCACCUCCCAACCGCCGUUAACCGCCGUCAACCACCGUCGGCGAACAUCCCUACCUACCAACCACCAUCUCUACUUCAUCCUAUGGGCGCUAAUUCAUCUAUGCUAAGUCCGGAGAGCUCAGACGGCUCCAAUCAUCCGGCAAAGCUCAAGCUCGGCGACAUACCGGAAUCCUGCGUUGCUCUCGUCUUAUCCUACCUAGAUCCGCCGGAGAUUUGCAAAUUGGCGAGGCUUAAUCGCGCAUUUAGAGCCGCUUCCUCCGCCGAUUUCAUCUGGGACGCUAAAUUGCCGUCCAAUUAUCAGUAUCUGGUCGACGAGUACCUGAUUAAGAACCCUACCAAAUUAGGGAAACACGAGAUUUACGCCCGAUUAGCGCGUCCAAUCCCGUUCGACGCCGGCAAUAAGGAAUUUUGGGUGGAUAAGAGAACCGGAGGUGUAUGCUUGUCGAUUUCGUCCAAAGCAAUGACGAUCACCGGAAUUGAUGAUCGGAGAUACUGGAAUUAUAUUCCCACCGAUGAAUCGAGAUUCCAUACAAUUGCAUACCUUCAACAAAUUUGGUGGCUCCAGGUCGAAGGCGACAUCAACUUCCGGUUUCCAUCCGGAACGUACUCGUUGUUAUUCAAGCUUCGACUCGGGCGGUUCACAAAGCGAUCCGCUCGCCGGUUGACGAACCACAAUGGCGUCCAUGGUUGGGACAUAAAACCGGUUCAGUUUCAGCUCACGACACCCGAUGGUCAACACGCCGUUUCCAAGUGUUUCUUGGAGAACACGGGGAAUUGGGAGUACCACCACGUCGGAGAUUUCGUAGUCGAUGAUCCAAACGAGUCCAUAAAUAUAAAGUUUUCAUUGACGCAAAUCGAUUGCACCCAUACGAAAGGCGGUCUCUCCAUAGACUCAGUUCUUAUAUGUCCUAGUAACAUCGUUAAAGAUUUCAAAGCUCUAUUAUAACGACAAUGGUCGUUUUUUUGGUAACUCUGGGUGUCUGGACCAGUUUGCGUACCUCAGUUAAUCCCAUUUGGGCCCUGAAAAUAACAGUCAGGAAAAUCUCAAUGGCCCUAAGGAUAACAGCCCGAAAAAUCCUCAGUGGCCCUGAUUAGGUCUUGAACAGGUGUCCGAAGGUCUAGCCUGUAUUUUACUAGUUUUUUUUAACACAUUUUUGGUUGUUUUAGACCUUAGUGAGAGGAUGUAGAUCCUAGAGUAAAGUAUGUCGUGAUGGUGUCGGUUUUCGUGUUCCACGUUCCUCGAGAUUCGACUGUUCCGGUAUUGAGAAAAGACGAUGUUCGUAUAUUGUAAUUAACGUUUCAAGAAUCUCGCACGAAAUUCUACAAUAUGAACGAAUGUAAAUAAAUUGUCGAAUUACAUGAA